AGCCUCUUAUUAAUCCAUUUUUAAAAUGGUGCAGCCUCUCAAGUUGGCCGUUCCAAGCUGCACAUUGCAUUCCGGCCAGUCCCCAACUCUGACCGCCCCCAUGUUUCCUUCCAGUAUUCAACUUUCCUCGCUCAUGGCGUGUACUGGUCCAAUCACCAGACCAAUCCCUUUCAAAGACUACCACCAAAAGAGAAAGUUCUCCAGCCGCUGCGGCUGCCUUUAUCUUGCCAUGACCAUCGCACACACCUCCUCCUCUCUCGUCCUCCUCGCUCCUCCUCCCCCUCCUCUCUCUCCUCCAAGACAGAGAGACACACACAGAGAGAGCCCAUAUCAUUUCCAGUACUGCCUGUGACACUUGUGCUGCUGCGACUCCUGUUGUUUGGCCAGCCUUGUGCCCAUCAUCUGCAUCAAGUACGGCCAUCAUAGGGGCCGGGGCCGGCAUCCCACGCAGUGACCGACCCUGCUGCGGUCACUUCACGGGUUUCGUCUGCCGCUGUUACAUUACAUCGCCAUGGAUUCUUGAUGGGAGUGGCAUGGGAGUGAGUGCCUCCAACCUCCAACGAGUUAAAAAAAAGCUUUCUGUGUGACCGCAUUCCUCGAAAUAAGUCGAUCGCGGCCUACAAAGGCUUCUCCACCGAUCGGCCGGAGCUGCAGAUUUGUUUGCCAUCUUUUGGGGUUUUCUUGAUGAGUUCUUGGUUGGUAUGAGUGGAGUGGUUUGCGAUUCUCUUUUUCCUGCUUGGAGGAAGGAUUAGGUUCUUCCAUUUCUUGCUGGGUCCGUGCUCUUGUGUGGGCGUCUAGCUUCUUCCAUUUCUUGUUGCAUUCCUGCUGAUCUCUGUGGGUGCCAGAGAUGAGCGUACCGCACCUGUUCCGGUGUCCGAUCAGCCUGGACAUCUUCACGGACCCGGUGACGCUCUGCACGGGGCAGACGUACGACCGUCAAUGCAUCGAGCGGUGGCUCGCUGACGGCCACCGCACCUGCCCCGUCACAAUGCAGGCCCUCGGCGACGCCGACACCACCGUGCUCGUGCCCAACCGCACCCUGCGCCACCUCAUCGAGCGCUGGCUCUCCGCCGCCACCGACCACAGCCUCCCGGAGUCGGCGGACGACGAUCCAUCGCUUGCGGCGCUCAAGCGGUGCCUCCAGUCCGACGCCACCUCCGCCGCCGCCAAGAUCGGCGCGCUCAAGAAGGUCUUGGCGCUGGCGUCCGAGUCCGACGUCGGCCGCGCGUGCAUGCUGCAGCUGGGGUUCCUCUGCGUGCUCCUGCCGCUCGUCUUCCACGCCGCGCCGACCGCGCCAGCGCAGCGCCACGCGGAGGCGGAGGAGCUCGCGCUGCAGUGCGCGCUCAGCCUCAUGCCGUCGAACGCCGCCGCGCCGCAGCUGGACUGCCUCAACAUGCUCAAGAAGGAGGACAACCUGGCGUCCUUCGUCCGGCUGCUGGGGCGAGGCAGCGGCCGGGCCAAGGCAGGCCUGUGCCGCCUCCUGGAGACCGUCGCCACGGCCGCGGCGACGCGGGACCUGGCGCUCGUCGUGGCCGCCUCGCCGCGCGUGUGGCAGGCGCUCCUGCCGCUCCUGCAGCAGCACGCCGGCCCGGCCCCCGACGCGCGCGCCUCGGAGGCUGCGGUGCGCGCGAUCGCUGCGGUCUGCGCGGCCGAGCCGGCGCGUGGCAGCGCCAUCCACCACGGCGCGGUCGGCGCGCUCUUCAGGCACCUGUCGUGGUGGGCGUACGGCAAGGGCGGCGGGGCCGUGUCCAGCGCGCUGGCGGCGGUGGAGGCGCUGGCGGAGACGGAGGCCGGCCGGAGGGCGGUGGCGCGCGCGCCCGGCGCAACGCGGAUUCUCGUGAGGCACGUGUUCAUGAUGUCAUCGAGCAACGACGGGAGCGAGCACGCGGCGGCGGCGCUGCUAGCCGUGUGCAGGGAGUCGCGGGCGGCGCGGAGCGAGGCGGUGGGCGCCGGGGUGGUGACGCAGCUGCUGCUGCUGCUUCAGAGCCAGUGCGGCGCCAGGGCUAAGGCCAAGGCGAGGGCGCUGCUGAAGCUGCUCAAAUCCAGGUGAACUAGAGCUGAGUACUCAUUAGAGUUAGCGAGGAUUUAGAUGUUCUUGUAAGCUGUAAGUUUCUGCGUCAAGAAUGUCUGCCAAUGACAUGGUAUUCAAUUCCGUGCAAUUUAUGUAGUAACUCUGUGAGAUUAAAUUGCCCGGACGUAUUGUGGUGAUUCUCUUGAUUUGAACUGUUUUGUUACUGGAAACAGCAAGAUGUAGGCGUACCAUUAAUCUGGAAAGAUUGUUCGA